AUGGUUUCAAAGGCAAAUAAUGUCGGUUUGAUUGCUGCGUUUCGAAGCUUGGGAAACGUUGUAACAGGACCAAGUGCCGCCUUGUUUUACGGAGCAUGGGGAGUUUUACCGUUCAUUUCCAUCCCAAUUUAUAUGGGAAUGACUGGUAAAUACAUUCCACAGUUGAUUUAUGCUGAUUUGACCUAUGGUGGUGGCAUUGUCUCUUUCCUUGGAGCUGUGAGGUGGGGCUUUGCAAUCAACAAUUUUAAAGACAAAACCCUUAAACCAAGUUUCACAACUCUUGGAUGGGCUGUGACUCCUGUUAGCAUUGCUUGGCUAGCUCUUCUAACUUCUCAAACUAAUGGAAGCCUUAUGAUAAUUGGGACAUUUCUUGCCUGUAUUAUUCAAGAUGCUUACGCCACCGAAUAUCCUUCGUGGUAUAAAUCUUAUAGGUUGAUUUUUGCUUCUUCUGCUGUUCUUUCUCUGGGAGCAAAUCUAAUCAUGUAUAAUUCCAUAAUGAAUUAGUUUUCACUAGAGUUCACCUUGGUCAUGCAAUUGAUUUUAAAAUACUCAUAUUUAGAUUGAAACAUAUCCAUUUCAAUGAUUAGUGCCAAUGUAAUGCAUAACCCAUUCUUAUAGUGUGUAAAAAAAAUGAGCUUUGUGCAAAAUCCCUGUUACAUUUUAGCAGGUUUUAUAAUACACAAUAAAUGACCAAA